GGCCUUUUCUCUUAACUCCUUCACACGCAACUUCCCAGGACUUCGUCGAGAUCUCAUGGAGAUCGUAGGGAACCCCGACAUCUGCUUCAGGGUGCUGGAGAUGUGCGACGUGAGUUCAGCACGGGAGCUGUGCUUUGUGUUGCUGGCGAGUCGGCAACACCGUGGGUACGGAGCUCAACAGCCACAAAUGUGGGAGCAGCUAACGGCCUUACACUUCGGUUGCGUGCGCCAUUUCGAUCCAUUGUCUCCGUUUGUAGAGCUGCCGCAAGUGGUCCGGAACCCACAAUGGCACGAACCAGUUCUCCGACAAGCUGACGAGCUAUCUCUUCCAUGCCGCGAAUUCCUUGAGACGUCCAUGGAGCAUGCGUUGUUUGCGUCGAUGUCGGUGUUUCCAGGGGACAUUGGACAUGUCACGUUGAUCAAUGACCAGCCCAUUGACUGCUUGGUGUUUCCAACGAACUCGUCCUUGGUUAACUUUGGCAUUGGGGCCGCAGGCGCGAUCUUCAAUCGAGCGGGCCCAGAGUUGAUGGCUCUCGUGCGAAGCAAUCCGUACCAAGACAUCCGCCGACGCACGACCGAUGCCGUGGUCACGCCAGGGUUCAACGCAGGGGUGGAUUACUUGAUCCAUUGCGUAGGCCCAUCUUCCCAUCGCCCUGAUUGCGAAGAAAACUUGUACAAGACGUAUUUGAAUGCAUUUGCCAGCGCCCGGCGAGUCGGCGCGACGUGCGUCGCCGUUGCUUCCAUCUCCACGGGGUCCCUUGGCUUCCCUCCGAAACGCGCGGCCAACAUCGCCCUAUGUGCCUACCGCGACUUCAUCAAAUGCCACCGAUGGCAGGCCACGGUCGGCAUCGUGUGCUAUGAACGGACGAUCCUGGACGCCAUGUCGAACGAACGAACUCGGAUUUUACGUCAAUUUAACGACGGCUGCUUGGCCAUUCCGUUCGCCGACGAAGAACUCGCGUACACGACCCUGCCGCCGAUGCCACCGCCGCCCACCCAUGCACUGACCACGUGAAUAAUAGUACAUGGAUAUUAUUUACGACACAAUCAUGGAGUGUAUUCUUGUCCG